AUGGAGGUAAACCCACACUUUGCAGCCCAGCGUGUUGGAGGCAGGUUUAAGUACCUCUGGCUGGGGGUCAUACUGCAUGGCCUCUUUGUGGAGAUGGUCAGCUACUGGAUGCCGGAUGUUGACAGCUUCUGGCACGCUCAGGGAAUAUUUAUGUUCCUUGGAAAGCGACUACCUCUCUACAGUGUGUGUCUCUAUCCAGUAUUCCUUUACACAGCCAGUGUGGUUGUUGCCCAGUCAGGAAUGAAGUGGUGGGCUCAACCCCACAGGAUUAAGAAUCUCUUCUGGACUUGGCACGACACUGACCCAAACAUCUACGAUCGUCACUACUGGGUUCCCUGGACCAGUUACUUCUUCCAUGCAACGUUUGCAUGUGGCUUCACGGCCGUGUUCCAUGCCAGCAACAAACUUCUGACUCGCAAUAAAGAGUCCUAUCAACAUGCAGGCCUCUGUCGUGAGACGCUGUGUAUGCUGCUGGCGGCCAUGUUCGGGUUCCCCCUGGGCGUGCUGCAGUUUGUGUUCCUCUACCACCCCCCAAGACACGUACCACAUCCACACAGAGGUCUGGGUCAUGGGUUCUGCUGGUCGUGUACGGGCUCAUAG